CCACCAUGCUACACCAAAGUGCGGUCCCUGCGGUGUGCCUUGAAAAUGGCGUGGACGUAAUGCUCGGCAUUGACGAAGCCGGUCGCGGCCCUGUCCUUGGCCCGAUGGUCUACGGCGCUGCAUACUGGCGUGUACAGGACGACGCCGUGAUGAGCAGCCAGGGCUUCGACGACUCGAAAGCGUUGACGCACGAGUCGCGACAGCGCCUCUUCGACAAAAUAAAAGCCACAACAGACAUGGGGUACGUCACACGGACCAUCGACGCGACCGAGAUCUCGCACAACAUGCUCACUCGCCGGCGCAACCUCAACGAAAUGUCUCGCGACGCUGCGAUCGAGAUGAUUGUCGCUGUUCAGAACGCCGGCGUCAACGUCAAGCACGUGUACGUCGACACGGUGGGGGACCCUGGCUGGUACCGCAUGUUCCUAACCAAGCAUUUCCACGGGAAGAUCGUGUUCACGGUGGAAAAGAAGGCCGACAGUCUCUUCAAAGUGGUGAGUGCGGCCAGCAUUUGCGCCAAGGUGACGCGGGAUGCCGUGGUCGCGUCGUGGCAGUACGAGUCGUCGGGGUUGGCGAAGUUGGACACCGAUUUCGGGUCGGGCUACCCGAGCGACCCCAAGUGCAAGCGCUGGCUCCACGACGCCCUCGAGCCCGUGUUUGGCUACCCAAACAUUGUCCGGUUCAGCUGGGGCACGUUGGAGAGCUACAACAAUCGCCUGGUAGACGUGACGUGGCCACACGACAAAGAAGACGCGCCAGUGGGAACUCAAUCCAUUGCAGCAUUCAUGACCACUUCCACCACCAAGAAGAGGAAGCGAGCAGCGUACUUCUCACAAGCCAACUUGGAGAUCGUACAGGACUUGUAACAAUCCACACAUACUGUUCAUCCAGCGUCGUUCGCUUGCCAAGCGUGCAGCAAUAUACCUUUUAAUGAUAAGUACUAAAGUGAUAGUACUAUGCAAUAGGACCCC